UGCCACACUAGUUAGCUUAAGUUUGAAAAGCUUCUUCAUACUUCAACUUCUUGCCAAGUAGCAAUAAGCGUAGCGUUCAACGCUUGUAACUCUUCAAUGAACGAGCCGAGCCUUAGCUCGCAGCAAAUAUACAAACGAGAAGACAUUCCGGAUCUCACAUUUGAUUCACCAUGGCAAAACUCUGUCAUUAAAGACCUCAACAUCGCAUGCAAUACUAUCUCUAUAGUAUGCGGCAUCACUGUGCUCGCCAUUACAGCUGGCCUGAGAAUCUACGACAAAAAGCUUGUUGACCGAGUUUCUCUUCGAUUGAAUGCUGCCAUUAGCGCCACCGAUGUAGUCAACUCCAUGGGCCUUCUCAUUUACACAUUCUCAAAUUCGGAGGGCGCAUCCUGCACCUUCUCAGCAUUCUUGAUCAUUUGGUUGUCAAACCAGUAUAUUUUUUUGACAACGGCCAUCGCUUUCAACCUACAAUGGUUGUUCUUACAUAAGAAGGCAUUAGGCAAUCUUGAGAAAUGGUACUUUAUAUGUCCCAUUGGCCUCGCUCUUAUCACAGCCAUCAUACCUCUGGCAGCUGGAAAAUUGGGUUACGAUGAGGCCCAAACCUACUGCUGGUAUACUCCAUCUUACACCGCUCAGACGCAAGAUAUUGAAUGGGCCACAUAUAUAGUUCUUCAAUUAAUUUGUCUAGCUUACUGCCUUGUUGUUGUCGUCAUUGUGGCCGUCAAACUAAAAAACGAGCAAAAGGAACUGGAUCGGCAUUUGCGAAUGCCAUGGAUGGGGAAAGAAUGGGCCAAUGACCGUUUUCACGACGAUGAAGCACGACACCGAAAAGCUCAGCAGUCGAUUAAUCGAGUGGUUCGACGUAUUUUAUUAUACCCACUCGUACCCAUCAUUACUCAGACCGGUUUUAUUGUCUCUGAAAUCUGGAUGUACAGGAACUUUCGAGCAGACUUUGGCCUCAACGUUUGGGGUGUUACAUUGAAGGCGCUACCUGGAUUUUUCAAUCUGAUUGCAUUCAGUCUUGAUCCCGCAGUGUACAAUGUCGCUGUUACCAUUACCAAUGAUCUCAUUGACAAGUAUGGCGACUUACCAAAGCAUACAGCGACGGAAGGAAGCUCAGGCAACGCAACCCGACCUUUCGACCCAACAGCGACCGAUAUCAGCCUGUUUGAGGUUGUAGGCAAUGGGAGUCAGUCGCAAACGACCCCUGUUCGACCUACUGGCGACCAAGGGAAUAAAUUGAUGCGGUGGAUUGUACGAAACUGGCUGCAACCUUCGGCCGGAAACCGUCGCAACUCACUUAUACAAGUCAGCUCGUCUGACCAGAACGACAUUAGCUUCGAUGGUAAUGUAUGCGAAUCAAAGCACUAUCCGAAUGAAUGCCCUACAGGAUCUCCUAUUGUUGUUCCACCUUCUCCAGCAACAUGUGCCGAACCAGACGUACCCAGCUGGCCACGUCCUCUGUCGCAAAUCUCUCAAAUUGACUACCCGGUGGCCCCUGUUUCCAGUAGUGAGAGCUCAGCCCAACGGUGUUCCAGCGUCCUAUCAGAUUACCAAUACCCAUCCAGCUCUACCCCUAACCAAUCUAUUUCAUUUCCCACCACUUCGACUGCGUCUAAUGUCGAUCCCCACCCACCUCCUCGACGACGUCGACGGCAAACGAACGCUGGCCGUGAAAUGUACCAUGCCCUCUAGUCAAUUUUUCAUACCUCUCAUCGUAUCGCAUUCAUCAUCUCAAUCAGACAAAAACAAAAAAAAAACAAAAAACAAUUGCAUUCAUAGUUCUAGUAUUUCCCAAAGUAAUUUUGUACACGUUUUUAUUUCUCCACUCUGUAGUAACUCUUCUUGUUCAGUAAUGCUCAGCUGUAA